AUGAAAAUCAAAAAAUCCCCACCAAAGAAACUUGCUGCUCCUGAUGAAAUACCUGAGAUAGUUGAAUCAGUAAAAGAGUGGAUUCAUCCACGAGGAGACCUUUUUCACUGGAUUGGUGUUUUAAAUCGUUUUGACACUAUCCUUGAAAAUAUUUGUUUAAAUAAUAAAUUAAAAAAAUUGCAAACAGCAAAUUUUUCAGAACCUAGUCGUAGUAUAUUGUUAGCAAUAUUAAAAUUUUCACGGUUAUUAUUAGAAAAUUGCACAAACAGAAAUCUGUAUAGUUCAUAUGAGCAUCUAAAUGAUUUGCUAUACACAAAUGAUUUGGAGGUUCUGGAGGUUCUGUUACGUUUGAUUCUUCGACCUGCUCAACGUCUUAGCAAUCAACGAGCUCUUCGAACCAAUUUUAACAUUUCACAAGAUAGAAUUUUAACAUUAGCUCAUAGCUGGGGCACAAAAGAAUAUGAUAUUGAAAUGGUUCAUCUUGCAUCAGAUGACGUUAUCAUUCCAAAUGAAUUAACAACUUUGAAUUAUCAAUUCUAUCGUCAUUUAACUCCUUCAGAAAACAAAAGAAAAGAUACAGCCACAUCUACAAGUUCUGGCGGUAGUAACAGCACAUCAAAAACUACUUCUGAAGGCGUUACUCUAAUUUGUGUAAAUGACAUUCAUCAAUAUCCUGGAACAGAUAUGGACAUUUUAAAUAGUCUUGUUCAAGAGUAUGACAUUCCUGAAGAAUUUCAUUAUGCUCUUUUGAAUCGAAUUAGAAUUGUCACCAGUAUUACUUCAAAAGAAUCUCGUCGUAGAUUUUUAAUAAUAAGAAUUCUUGCUAUCGCAAUCAUGGCUCAUGUUAUUCAAGAACAUGUUGCUCAAUCAAAAAUAUUUUUAUAUGAACCGGACAUUGUGGCCAAUCUUUCAGAAUUAGUACAUCCUGAUCGUAAAGUUCCUUUUGAUGUUCAAACAGUUGCAUUUUAUGCAUUAGAUGGAAUUAGCCAUUAUCGUUCUAAACUUCAAGAAGUUUUGACGGCAAUUAACGCUUCUGCUAAUCAUGGAAUACUUUUAUAUGUUUUAAGAAAAAUUAUCGCUGAUUUAGAUUCUGAACACCCAAUAUAUCCUCAAGAUUAUUGCGAUUCCGUGUUUGCUCUAAUAACUCAUAUAAUCUCCACGCAAAUUGGUGGUAACAUGGACGAAGUUGAUUUUGGAUUUCAAUCAGUUAAAGAUACCCAAAGUGAUCAUAUGGAAGAUGUUACCGUAACAAGCAGUAAUCAUAGCAGUUCUAUUGCUUCAACAUCAAAAAGCAUUGAACCCACUAGUGUUCAAUCAGCAAAUGCUGAAACCGAGGUAGUAGCGCUUCCUUACGAAAGAUCUUCUUUGAUAAAGUCGAUGUUUAAAUUUGUUUAUCAUAUGAUGCAAUCUUCUGGAAACGCUGACGGGUUAAGAAAUCUUAUUGACACUACUCUACCGGAAUCUCUGAAAAAAGUUUUUGAACAACCAAGUAUUUUUGGAAGUAGCAUCUACGCCCACGCAAUAAACUUGAUCGCCACAUUCAUUCACAAUGAGCCAACUUCCUUGCCAAUCAUGCAGGAAUCUAAAUUACCACAAACAUUCUUAAAAUCAAUUAUUAAUGAUAUACCUGCUUCUGUUGAUGUUAUUCAGUCUAUUCCUAAUGCUUUUGGUGCUAUAUGUUUGAACUUACAAGGAAUGGAAAUCUUUAAUCAAAUGAAUCCAAUUGAUAAAUUUUUCUCGAUAUUUACUUCCAUUGAACAUUUACGUGCUCUUCAAGAUGGUGAUCUCGCUUCUGUCUUGGGUACUAAUAUUGAUGAGUUGAUGCGACAUCAUCCAAGUUUAAAACCAAUCAUUAUGGAUGCUAUAAUGACCACAUUAAAACGUAUAUAUGAACUCGGUCAAAGUGAUCAAUUUGUGACGGCUAAUGAAGACACCUGUAGUUUACAUGUGGGAGUAUCAGAUGAUGAUUCUUCCAUUAAUAUUGGUUCAGAAAACCUUGCCGCUGACUCUUUUACAUCUCAAGAUGCUAUUAUGACUGAUGUUAUCGAAUCACAAAAAUCCGAAGAAAAGAAAGAAAAUAUAGUGGUUUCCUUUAUCGAGAUCAUGGCAAGAUUCUUGGAAGGUCUUUUCCAAAAUCAAAGUCAUUGUAAGGAAUUCCUAAAACAAGAUGAAGGCUUGAACAUAUUACUUAAAUAUUACUCAUUACCAACAGUACCUUACGAUUUUGCAAGUUCACAAGCAUCUUAUUCUCUUUCUCACCUAAUGAGAGUAAUAACAGAUGUUGAACCAAGACGUAGUGUUGCUGCAAUUAUCAGUGUUCUAAAUGACACACUUCAAGAUGCUUCGCCUUUUUUGAAUUACGAAGAAAAAUCUGGUUUGUUCAUUAAAUAUAUUGAUUUAAAAGUUAACGAUACAGCCAAAAUAGAAGCUGCCAAUAAAACAUUCAGAACUUUGAUCACUUUACAUGGUUAUGUUGGAUUACUUUCAGAUGUAUAUUGUUCUACAGUCUUCUCUCAUGGAAAAAGCGUGUCAUCAUCAUUGAUCGAAGCUUUUGUUGGUAACGACAACGAAAUAUUAUCAUCACUUGGAAAAUUACACAGAACUUGUGUCUGGGAAAAUGUUGUAUUAAAAUCUACAAUUCCAAAAUCAUGGUAUAAUUUGCAACCUAAAAGCAAAAAAUCACCUCUUUUAUCUCCAUCUACAACCUCAAUAUUUGAUGAUAUUGAUAGUAGUAAUAAAGAUCCAACAACAACAAAUGCCACUACUUCCGACUUACCAAAUGAACCUCCUGUUGAUCAUAAUAAUCGCCAAGUUAAAAAUUCAAAAUUUUUAAAAUUUUUAAUAUCACAAAUACCUUCUUGUCUUACUCCUUUAUUUCAAGGGUUGGCCAAAAUGCUUUUUACCCGUAAAUCUCCUGAUUCUAAUCAAAGAAAACAAGCAUCAAAAGUUUCUGAUUCUAUUGCUAGUGUUCUUCAUGAUCAUUUAAAUUGGAAACGUUAUGAAAUAGAUAGUGAAACGGAUUCAUCGAAUAAAUAUAAUUAUCUCACAGCAAUGCUUGGAUUAUUAUCAUUAUUAUUUUCAGAUGAACGAAAUCAAGUUUCAUUACAAACUAUGUUGGUUGUUUCUUUUGAAAAAGUUGGUGGUUUAGAUCAUGUUAUUUAUUUAUUGCAACGCUUUUGGGAGGAAUCAGAUGUAUUCAAAGAAUCAGAAGAAUGUUUAAAAUCAGAUGACAAGUCAAAAGAAAAACUCGGAAGAAUUCAUGAAUGUAUUAAAAUUAUACUUAAUUUUUUCCAAUUUGUUGCCUCAGCUAAAUCAUUACACGAAUCAUCUCAGACUGCAAUUAUGACGGCAAAGGAAAAAGAUCCUCGUUUUGAUAAAUUUGAUCCAUAUAGUUUCCUCGUUAAAAUUCGAUCAAAAAUUUUACCUGCGAUCAAUGAACUUUGGCAAAGCUCAUAUUUAUUAAAAGCUCCUCCAAAUCUUGUUAAGUUGGUAAUUCAAAAUUUAGUCCAAAUUUUGAAAGCAGACGGCGAAGUAAAUCAACGUCCUGAAGGAUCUGGUUCAGGCUCAGGCACUUCAUCUUUAUCAUCAGCAACACCCUUAAUAUUUGGGCAUAGAAACACAAUUCCAGACGAGGAUAGAGUACAACAACUUCUUGAUAUGGGUUUUCCUCGUUCUGCUGCUGAAGCUGCUUUGUCACGUUGUAAUAAUCAUGUUCCAACUGCUGCCGAAUUCUUACUCACCCAUCCUCAAACAAUAGCUGCAGCCAUUUCACUUGAAGCUUCCCGACAACAAGAAAAUGAAUCAUCUAAUCGAGAAUCUGCUGCAAUCACUGGUACCACUACUACAAACAAUAAUUUAACUGAAAACACAGAAACAGAAUCUGGUUUGACCACUGGUACUAGUGCUAGCUCUAAUCUGAAUGUUGAUAUAUUUGGAACACCCGGUGACGAAGGUGAAGAUGAAGAGGAUGAUGCAUCUGAUCUUGAUGAAGAGACUAGUUCAGUUGAUCAUUCAGCUUUAUCACAAGGUCUUUCAUUGCCAACACAAUCUGCUAAUUUAGCUGUUGAAGCAAGUUCAAGCAGUAAUAAUGAUACUAGUGUCCCUAUGGAAACAGAAACAACCUCUGAUGCCGCAGCUACCACCAAAAAAACUGAUAAGGGCAAAGGAAAAGAAACUGAAACUUCGACAUUAGAUCAAUUUAAACAAUUACGUGAAAAACUUAAAUCUAAUGGACAAUUACGUGCUAUUGAACUAUUGGAUCAAGUCGAAGACAUUAUUUUUGAAAUUAAAGACUUAUUUGUACUUUUUAGUAAGGAUGAUCUAGAUCAAACCAUCGCAUUUAUAAUAGAGUGCAUCCAAUCUGCUAUGAAACAACAGCCAGAUAAUGGUGAUGACGAAUCAAAAAAGAAGGAGUCUGCUGUUUUGAGCUCAAGAUUAAGACUUUUAGCACUUUUAAUGAAUGAAACAACUAUUCAAAGCAAUGUAUCAAUAAUAAUAUUUGAUAGUUUAGUGACUGACUUGUUUGAUAGGAUAUCUGAUAUUUCUCUUUCAAAGACGAAACCAGAAUUACCUAAAUGGCUAACCCCAGCUUUAUUGAUCGUCGAAUCUCUAAUAUCUUUGUCAGAUGAACCUAAAUCGGUUGGUCCAUUAAAAACCGCCAAAUCACCUGAAGAUCCUAUAAAUUUUGAAGAUACAGGAAUAAAUACUAUGGUACCAAAUGAAAUAGAAAGAUUAAAUCUUCUUGGUUACUGUUUAGGACUAGUAAGACGGGGAGAUGAUCUUGAUAAAGAUCUUAUUAAUGCAUUACUUCGUAUUUUUGUUCGCCUUACUCGUCAACAUGGUGUUGCUUUGGAGUUUAUGAGAAAAGAUGGUUUAGCAUAUUUGUUUGAGAUUUUCAAAAAAAGAGCACAUGACUUCCGUGGACAACAAAUUUUCUUGGCAAUGUUAAUGAGACAUGUAAUCGAAGACGAAUCAGUAAUAGAAAAUAUAAUGGAGAGGGAAAUCAAAAAUUGGUUUACAAAUCCACGUCCAAGAACUGUCGAUGUUAAUGCAUACCUUAAAAAUACGCCGCAAUAUGCCUUACGUAAUCAUGAUAUAUUUGUAAAGGUAACCAAAAAAAUAUGCAAGUUGAAUAGAUAUGAUCCUAAUGGAAGGACUCAUCAAAUCACGCUGAUAAAACAAGGCGAUACUACUAUUACUACUGCUGCCACCACAACACAUGCAAAUGAAGAAGAGAUGAUUACAGACGUACAAGCAUCAACAUCUGUUCCAAUUCAAUCAUCACCAAAAAAAACUAUAUAUGAUUUAGAUGAAACUGAAAGCCUAAUUCAGUUUAUCUCACACGAGUUACUAUCAAUUGUCUUUAAACCUGAAGAACAUCAAGAUUAUUUAUCUAGAUGUUUCUUGUUACAAUGUUUAACUGAAUUACUUUCGUCAUAUCCUUCAUGUAAAAUGGAAGUAGUUAAUCUUUCUAGACGUAGAAAUAGUGUAAAUGUUUAUAAUAAUAACAAUAAUACAAAAUCGAAACCAUUCUUAUUAAAUCACCUUUUGAAUGAAUUCUUGCCCUAUGGCUGCAUCACACCUUCAACUGAUAUUGAAAUGCGUAAAAGAUAUGGUCAAUCCAAGUGGACUACUUACACAUUGGUAGCUUUAUUUAGGAAAUUUGUUUUGGAUACAAUUAUUCGUUCAUUUAAAAGUGCAAUUGCUUCAACUGAUCCAAUUGAAGCAAAAUACGGUAGAUUGUUAGCUUUGGCCGAGUUAUGUUAUGCAUUAUUAACAGCUCGCGCAAGUCCAAACAGUGCAAACAAACCAAAUGAGGAUAAUCCAGCCAGUAUAGCUAGAAUUAUGUUGGAUAAAAAUUUUGUCAAUAUUUUAACCGAUGCACUUGCAGAGAUAGAUCUUAACUAUCCUUCAGCUAGAAUACUUAUCAACGCUUUGUUAAAACCGUUUGAAUUUCUUACAAAAGUAGCAAUUAAAUUAGGAAGAUCACCUGAUUCUACAGAUAGUAGUAACAAAGAUAAUAGCGAUGAACAAGAAAGCAUUUCAUCGAUUUCCACACCACCUUCAGUUGAAGAAAUGCAUCCGGAAACAGAAGAUGCUCCUGACUUGUAUGCAAACUCGGUACUUGGUGCUCUUGAGGGUAGAAUAGAAAGCGAUGAUGAUGAUGUUGACACUUCGGGUGAAGAACAAGCAUUCGAAGAAGAUUUUGAAGAAGAAAGUGGCAAUGGAGAUGAGGAUCAAGAAAUGUGGGAUGUUCACGAUCAAGUUAUGAUUGAACCCGGUGAUAUCAGAGAAGAGGCUAUUAUUAAUGAUGACGUUGAAGGCCAUAUUCAUCGCCAUCGUCACCGUGAACGAUUUGGUGGAGACGACGAUGUUGGAGAUCGUGCUUUGGUAGAUAGUUUUGAAGAAGAACGUCUAAAUUUCACCAAUUGGGGCUUCAAUCAACCUAGUGCUCUUUUCAUGAAUGAUGACGAGUUUUCUAUACCAAAUCGUGCUGGACGUGCUUUAUUUAGUUUUGGCAACAGACGACAUCGACAUUUGGCUGGUCGUAGAACUAUAUUAGAAGUUCCAUCAGAAAGCUUUAACUAUGUAUUUGAAGAUUCAGACGGCUAUACAUUUAACAUUGGUGGAAAUGAUGAAGUUGAUAUUCCAGGAUUGAAUAGAACUAGACCUAUUACUAGCUCAAACGAUGAUAUAAUUACACAUCCAUUACUCGUCAAUAGAGCCCCAACUACACCUUCAGUUGCCGGAAUUGAACUAUCUAGAGGUAGAAGUAUUAGAAAUGGACCAUUAGGUGACUGGACACAUUCAAUCGAAGAAUUAAUUGGCGGUGGAGCAGUUCAAUUAUUAGAACAAUUAUUAACAAGAGGGCGCGAUCUUAAUCGACCUACUUAUAGACUUGAAUUGAAUCCUGGCUCAAGCGGGUUGGUUAGUGGAAUUGAGGUAGAUCGUGUUUUCCAAAGAGUAUCUUCAAAUGCUCAAGAUAAUCAAAAUAGCACACCUCCAAGUGAUCCUAUUGCUGCAGUUCAAGAAUUUAUGCCUUUACAAACUGGUAAUAGGUGGUAUGAAGAGGCUCGUAUGAUGUAUGGCAGUAUGGUGACCGAUAAAGCAACCAAAUUAGCUAAUCUUAGUCAGGAUACCGUAAUGGAAGAAGAUGAACCAGUUACUGCUUCAACUAUUGUUGCAUCCUCCACAUCAACUCAAGUAGGUGGCGAAAGUUCUGCUCAAGGUUCAACUGAAACCCCGCAAGAACAACAGCAACCACCUGCUACAAGAACUACAGUAAUAAUCAAUGGUCAACCUGUUGAUAUUACUGAUACUGGUAUUGAUCCCACUUUCCUUGAAGCAUUGCCGGAAGAUUUAAGAGAAGAAAUUAUAAAUCAACAUUUACCUCAAAGACGUACAAAUACUACUGUAACUGGAACCGGUGAAAUUAGUUCUGAAUUCCUUGCUGCAUUACCUGAUGAUUUAAGGGAGGAACUUUUACAGCAAGAAGAAGCAAUAGGACAACAAGAAAGAAGAGAUAGGCAAAGAACCACAGAGCCUGCUGCAGUUGAAAUGGAUACUGCAAGUUUCUUUGCAUCUUUAGAUCCUCACCUGAGGCAAACAGUUUUACUUGAGCAAGAUGACAUGGUUUUAGCAUCAUUGCCUCCAGCGAUUGCUGCAGAAGCCAAUGCAUUACGUGAAAGAGCAAGUCGUAGAUACACAAAUGCAGUUAGAUCAAGAACACUUACUAGUUCUGUUCCACAAAUACAAACACCUAAAAAACCUGCAGUUCAACGUGAUGCAGUUAAACUUGUUGACACUCAAGGAUUAUCUACAUUAGUCAGAUUAUUAUUCUUGCCACAACCAUUAAAUAAUAAAAAUUUACUACAUAAAUUAUUGCUUAAUCUUUGCGAAAAUAGCAACUCACGUGGCGAAUUGGUAUCAAUGUUACUAUCUGUUCUAUUUGACGGAAGCGGCGAUGUAGCAUCUGUUGAUAAAAGUUUUGCUCAAAUGUCUAUAAAAAACAAAGGAUCAACAUCAACGAAAGGUUUAACUAGGAGACAUUCAGGGGUACCUAAUCCUUCACUUUCUCAGAUAACUCAAGCAGCAGGAGAAAAUGUUCCCAAUUUAAUAGCUCAACGUUGUUUAGAAGCUUUGACUUUUAUUGUUAGUUAUAACGAAGCAUCUGUCACGUAUUUCUUAAUGGAACAUGAAAACAAUAUUGGGCUUAAAAGAACGAAUAGUCGUAAGGGAAAAGAAAAACAAAAAUCUGUCACAAGCAAAUAUCCUGUAGUAAUAUUACUUAGCCUUUUGGAUAGACAAGUAUUCAUAAGAAAUACAUCUUUAAUGGAACAAUUAAUGACUCUACUUUCAUUUGUCUUACGACCUUUAUCAUCAAUUGCAAAAAAUAAUCAACCCAAUACCACCACCACAAAUACAUCCAACACUACCAAUAACAAUAACACAACUAAUGCAACCACUUCAACGGCUGUAAAUACUACAACUACUUCAACGGCUGUAAAUACUACAACUACUUCAACCAACACACCCAACCUCGAUUUAAUUGAUAUAACUACAUCAACCACACCACAAUCUUCACCACCACUAGCACAAAAUAAUAACGAGAACACUUCGUCAGAUCAAAAUGUGGAAGUUCCUGAAAAUGAUAAACCAGCCACUGCAUCUUCAUCUAAACCACCAGAAACCGAACAACAACCUAAACUUAAACCACCAGUAAUUCCUGAAUAUUGUUUACGAUCAGUGGUGAAUGUAAUGACAGUAGGUGAAUGCACAGGCAAUACAUUCAAAUGUACAUUAACAGUUAUUCAAUACCUUUCAACUUUAAAAGGAGCAAGAGAAAUUAUCACUUCCGAGUUGGUUGAUCGUGCACAAUCUUUGGGCAAUGAAAUACAUUGUGACCUUGACGAGUUAGCACAGAUAUUACACAAAGCAGAUACAGGUGUUGAUGUUCAAGGUGUAACUCUAGCCAAGUUUUCGCCUUCAUCAUCAAAACAAGCAAAAUUGCUACGCGUACUCAAAACUAUAGACUACAUGUAUAGUAGUGGGCAACAACAACAGACAAAUGCUCAAUCAAACACACAGGUGGUAGUUGCACCAACUGUUGACCCAGAAGAUGCAGAUUUAGCUCAACCGAGAACAUUAGAAGGAAGCUUGAGAACUAGUAAAUUGGCUCCAGAUGAAGAAAAAGUAAUGAAAAUUUAUGAAAGUCUUAGUUUUGCCGAUCUUUGGAACAAGCUUGGAAAAUGUUUAUUAACAAUACAUGAAAAACAAGACAUGAUACAUGUGGCAACUGUACUCUUACCUCUUAUCGAAUCAUUGAUGGUUGUUUGUAAAUAUGUUGGUAUGACACCACCAAGUGGACAUAGGAGUAAUGCAUCCGAAAACAUGGAAAACCUGUUCUUUUCUUUCACAGAGGAACACCGUAAGAUUCUUAAUACGAUGGUCAGAAACAACCCUUCGCUAAUGAGUGGAUCGUUUUCGUUGCUUGUCAAUAAUCCAAAGAUACUUGAAUUUGAUAACAAAAGGAAUUAUUUCAAUCAACAACUUCACAAACGAACAAAUGGCAGAGAGCAUUAUGGAACCUUACAACUUAAUGUUCGAAGACAAUAUGUGUUUGAAGACUCGUUCCAAAAUUUACAAAGGAGAACUGGGGAUGAAAUUAAAUAUGGAAAACUUAGUGUACGAUUUUAUGAGGAAGAAGGUGUAGAUGCCGGCGGUGUUACAAGAGAAUGGUUCCAAGUUCUUGCUAGACAAAUGUUUAAUGAAGAUUAUGCGUUAUUCAAAACUUCAGCAGCUGACAGACUUACAUAUCAACCGAAUAGAGCUUCAGGUGCUAAUCCAGAACAUUUAUUAUUCUUUAAAUUCGUAGGACGUGUAAUUGGCAAAGCUAUUUAUGAUGGUAGACUUUUAGACGCAUAUUUCACAAGAUCAUUUUAUAAACAUAUUCUCGGAAAAGCUGUUGAUUAUCGGGAUGUAGAGGCAAUAGAUUUAGGAUAUUAUAAUAGUUUGGUAUGGAUGUUAAAUAACGAUAUUACAAAUGUUGUCGAUUUGACAUUCAGUGUAGAAGUAGAUGACUUUGGACAAAAGAAAAUCAUUGAUUUGAAAACUAAUGGUAGAAAUAUUACAGUAACAGAAGAGAACAAGAGAGAAUAUGUUAAACUUGUAACUGAACAGAGACUCACAUUAGCAAUUAAAGAUCAAAUUGAAAGUUUCCUUUCAGGCUUCCACGAAAUCAUUCCCGCAAAUCUAAUAAAAAUAUUUAAUGAACAAGAACUUGAAUUAUUAAUUUCUGGUCUACCAGAUAUUGAUAUUGAUGAUUGGAAGAAUAAUACAGAAUAUCAAAACUAUACAGCAUCAUCACCACAAAUUCAAUGGUUCUGGAGAGUUGUACGGAGCUUUAGUCAAGAAGAACGAGCCAAAUUACUUCAAUUUGUCACGGGUACUUCCAAAGUCCCAUUAGAAGGAUUUUCUGCCCUUCAAGGAGUUCACGGUGUACAAAAAUUCCAAAUACAUAAAGACUUUACUAAAACUAAUCGAUUACCUUCUGCUCAUACAUGUUUCAAUCAAUUGGAUAUUCCUGAAUAUGAAAGUUAUGAACAAUUAAGACAAAAUCUUUUAUUAGCAACAUCAGAAGGAACGACAGGAUUUGGUUUCCAAUAA